AUGAUGGCUACCAGCAUGGCCCAGCAUCCGUCGUUUUGGGUGCGAAUCAAACAGCGACUGCGGCGAUCAACUUCGCUGCCACCGGCCAAACCCAACCUUCAUCCCGACCCCAACAACAGUCAGAAUCACAACGCCCUCCACCACACCUACUCAACGGCCUCGCAUCCUCUUUCGUCCGCCGCCGUUUCCGCGACCUCCGUUCCCCUGGUCUCUCGCAAAAACCCCUCCCAUCGCGUCGUGCCUUCGUCGUCUCCACAGCACAGCCGGUUUUCUUCGGUUGAUGACGGGUCGGCCACGAAAACUCCUCAGCUGAAGGAAGAGAAAACACCUCCAGCGUCCCCGAUAGGAGAUCCGCCCCGAGCGCAGUCGCGGCCCAAUUCCCCGGACGCUGCAGCAUCUACGCACGAGGAGCCGCGGGACACGAACGUUGUCGCAACUGAAUCCGAUCGCCGCCCUUCCGAGCUGGUCGAUUCCCCACCGCCGUCCUCUGGGUCAACCGAGCUGCCAACUUCGCUCGCCGUAGUCCCUCCGCCGACGUCAAGUCUUCUCAAACCUACACCCUACGAGCCUACCUCUCCUCGAGGACGGGAGCAGCCCGCGCCCACGGUCGGUGAACCCCUAUUCACGAACCCCUUGUCGGAGAACCCUUCUGCUCCGAUCCAGCUUCAACCCCUCCCCUCGCCUUCCGUCUCGUUUUCCAAGCGUCCCAGUCUCGGAAUACGCCGUCAAUCGCUGCUGGCCGCUUCCAAUCAACAGUGGAUCAGUUCGUUGCUCGAACCCGGCGCGUCGUCCGAGUCCGGUCCCUCAACGAGUAGUCAACGCGUUGCUGCUGCCGCCGCCACUAUGAUUCCUCGCAAGAUUUGGGUCAAACGACCGGGGGGCUCGGCCACCUUGGUGCCCACCACGGUAGAUGCCCUGGUGGACGAGGUCCGCGACCAAGUGAUCAUGAAAUAUGCCAACUCCCUAGGGAAGACUUUCGACGCGCCCGAUAUUACCAUCCGCAUCGUGCCUCGCGAGGGCGCUAAUAAGCAGGCCACCCCCGAUCGCAUACUGAGUCCCGAAGAAUCGCUGGUAACGGUGGUGGAUGCUUAUUUCCCUGGCGGACAAACGGUUGAGGAGGCCUUGGUCAUCGAUAUGCCGCAGCGUCGGACGCCGAAACCGUCGCCUCGUCACAAUAUAUACUAUCACCAUUCCGAACCGGGCGAGCAUGGCGAAUACUUCCCCCUCAUGCCCGUCAACGCGAGCGUUCCGACCCCUCCCACCCAUCCCAACAACUCCACCACCAGCGUGAACGCUCACCAAGCGCCGGCUAUAUCCAUUAUCAACACCGGAAAGCCCCCUCUGCUGCCGUCGCCGGGCAGCCGGGGCAGCCGCCAUCCACGUCGGCCGCCGCUUACUCGGCAUACCACGAACUCACCCACGAUGCUGGGCUCGGCAUCGGGUGUCAAAGAGUCCGCAGCUACGCCGUCCUCUCAGCCGGCACCCCCAGUGCCUACCCCACCUGGUCCUCCCCCUCCCGAAUCACCUCAGAAUAAGGUUCUCACGCCACCCGCGCGGGUGGCUUCACCACGGCCUCGUCCAUCGUCGAAGCCGAAGAAGAGCAACUCGCAGUCGUUGAGUGCGGCAUUUGGCGGCCUCAUCGAGGGCACGGUGCCGCCUAUCAACGUGCUCAUCGUUGAGGAUAAUGUGAUCAACCAGAGGCUGCUGGAGGCCUUUAUGAAGCGUCUUUCCGUGCGCUGGAAAUGCGCCGCAAACGGUCAGGAAGCUGUACAGAAGUGGCAGCAAGGCGGGUUUCAUCUUGUUCUGAUGGAUAUCCAGUUGCCCGUCAUGAACGGAUUGGACGCGACGAAGGAGAUUCGACGACUGGAGCGGUUGAAUGGCAUUGGUGUUUUCCCCAAAACGGCGUCGGGGCGGUCGAGUGCCGCCAGCGCCAAUGCGACUUCACCGGCGGAGCGAGACCCCAGUAUGGCAGAUCCCUUGAAGGAGGAAGAUGCGCUGCAAGAUCUGUCGCUUUUCAAGAGUCCCGUCAUUAUUGUCGCUCUGACGGCAAGCAGCUUGCAAAGUGAUCGUCAUGAGGCGCUGGCCGCCGGCUGCAAUGACUUCUUGACCAAGCCCGUCCGCUUUGAAUGGUUGGAGCAAAAAGUCACCGAAUGGGGCUGCAUGCAAGCCCUGAUCGAUUUCGAAGGUUGGCGCAAAUGGCGAGGGUUCGUCGACGAUACGCAAGCGCCAUCGCCUGUGUCUGAUGGGCCUCGAAGUCCCAUGCAGAUCGGAACGGAGGGCGGAUCAAAAAAGCCCUCGGCCGCGAUGCCUCAGACUCCAUCCCCUGCACCUGGCAGCGCUAAACCAAACGGUACCAGCGAGGCUAAGCCGACAUCAACCGAUACAGAACGAGACGAUUCUUCGGGGAUUGGCAGUUCAGAGAUCCCGGAUUCCCCUGCCAGUCCACCCGCGUCCGCAGGGCCAGUCGAUGAGCCGACUGACAGUCCGGACGUAUGA